UUCAGCCAUCUCUGUCCAGCCAACCACAUGGCUGGAAUUCAGGGACUUUGUCGUGGCGCAAUUACUAGCCCACUUCGAGGUAUUCUGGUAAACUCCAAUCUGAGGAGGAAGUAGGAGUAUUAGAGAUCAAAGCAGUUUUCUUCCUUGAGAAACUACCCAAGGCACCUUGAUAGAGCUUCCUACUUCUUUCUCAGCUACCUGCAGCAAAGAAUGGGUUUGUCCUGGAAUAACAGAGAAUUGCAACUUCGGACACGCAAGCUGCUGCAAAACCACAGAAAAUUGUUGAAGAAACAUCAGGUCAUGCCCCCCAGAGCUCCAAAUGGGACCCUUCAUGGAAAGGACAGAAUGGGAGCCUGGCCUUUUUCUGGGCUGCGGAGAGUCUCUGAUCCAGCUGCAUUCCAAAUGAUCUUGGUCGCCACCCUAUUGGCUACUGUUGUUGGUGACUGUGGUCCGCCACCGAAUCUACAUUUUGCUUCGCCCGUAAUUAAGUUGAAUGAGACAAACUUCAAAACUGGAACUGUUCUGAAAUACAACUGCCGCCCUGGCUACAGUAGGACCAGUUCAAGAAAUCACAUUACCUGUCAAGUAGGAGGCUCAUGGGGCCACAGCACUUUCUGUGUUAAGAAACGAUGCAGAAACCCUGGAGAAUUACAGAAUGGGCAAGUGAUAGUGAAGACAGAUUAUUCUUUUGGAUCACAAAUAGAAUUCAGCUGUUCAGAAGGAUAUAUCUUAAUUGGCCCAACCACCAGUCACUGUGAGAUCCAAGAUAAAGGAGUUGACUGGAGUGAUGAUUUCCCACAAUGUGUGAUUGUCAAGUGCGAGCCUCCUCCAGCCAUCCACAAUGGGAGGCACAGCAGUGGAGAUGAAGACUUCUACCCAUAUGGCUCUUCUGUCACCUACAGCUGUGACCCCGACUUCUCCCUGUUAGGCCAAGCCUCCAUUUCUUGCACAGUGGAGAAUAAGACCAUAGGUGUGUGGAGCCAAAGCCCUCCUACCUGUAAAAAAAUCAGCUGUGUUCAGCCAGAGCAUAAAAAUGGAAAGAUAGUCUCUGGAUUUGGACCCAUCUAUACUUACAAGGACUCUAUUGUAUUUGACUGCAAUAGAGGUUAUAUCCUCAAAGGCAGCAGUUUAAUCCACUGUGAAGCUGAUAACAACUGGGAUCCUGUUCCUCCCACUUGCGAGAUCAAUAGUUGUACUGACUUACCAUACAUCCCACAUGCUUCCUGGGACGUAUAUGGUUACAACCAGCCAACAAAAAAGGAAGUAUAUGAAAUUGGGACUGUGCUUAGAUACCGCUGCCAUCUUGGCUAUAAACCUGCUGUAGACAAGCCUACGACUGUGUCUUGUCAGGGGAAUUUGGAAUGGUCUCCAUACGUAGCAUGCGAGGAGACAUGUUGCCCAGUACCACACCUGAAGAAUGGCAAAAUCACUUUAUCUAGGAAGAGUGGCUCCAAUCAUAGCUGUGACUAUUUCUACAGAGAUGUGGUUUCAUACACAUGUUAUGAGAAAUACGAGUUUGAAGCUAACUGCCGGGAGGAUGGCACGUGGAAUCCCAAAACACCAACAUGUGAUGAGAAUUGUGAUUUUCCUCCUAUCAUUGCCCAUGGACGUCAUAAACGAGUUCAAACAUACAGCUUAUUCAAAACUGAGGUUGCGUAUGAAUGUGACAGAGGGUACACUCUGGUUGGACCGGCCAGACUCUCCUGCAGUGCCUCACACUGGUCUCCUGAAGCCCCUCAGUGUAAAGCUGUGUGUGUGAAGCCAGAAAUAGCCAAUGGAAGGCUGACUGUGAUUAAGAAUCAAUAUUCUGAACCUGACACCGUCACCGUGCAGUGUAACUCUGGCUAUGGUUUGGUUGGAUCCCCAAACAUCACUUGCUCAGAGAGCAGAACCUGGUACCCCGAGGUGCCCAGGUGUGAGUGGGUGUACCCAGAAGGCUGUGAGCAGGUGCUUGUUGGCAGAGCUCUCAUGCAGUGUCUCCCAAACCCGGAGGAUGUGAAAUUGGCCCUGGAGGUGUAUAAACUGUCUUUGGAGGUUGAACUCCUGGAACGGCAUAGAGACAACACCAAGAGAUCCACUCCCUAGGCUCCACGCGGAAGAUUUUCCCCAAAGAGGAGGCAGAAGGUGCCCUCCUGCCUUCCAUGCACGAUGCGUCACGUCAGUUUGAUGACUCUGUUAUUCCUUUUGCACCAUCAUUCACAGUAAUAACUAUCUAGAAAGGAUGACUUGUUAAUGGUUAGUACUUUGAGAUUGUGUAAUUACUGAUUAUUUUUUGUCUCAUGUUUUUGCUUUUCUGGACAUAAAGUGCACAUUUUUUCCAUUAAAAAUUUACAUAUCAAACUA